UGAGAGGUUAAUAUUUUGUUAAUAUUUUUUUUUUUUUCACCGGAGAAAAAAUUGUCCACAAGCUGAUACAAAUAGUGAAUUUCAGCGAAAGAAGAAGCUAACUAAGACUAAGCUAAAGCUAAGAAGAGAAGAAACUAGGGAAAAUAAGGUAAAGGUUUUGACAUUCAUCGCCUCUGAAAUUGGCAAACUUGAUACACAUAGGAGAAAUAAGACCUAGGGGUCAAAGUAUAAUAAAAGAAACUUAGGGCAAAUAAAUUAACUAUUUAUUGGACUCAAAUGGAAAACUAGUAACUGAUAGGCAAAUAACCAACUCAACUCCCAUGUACACUUCCGGAAACAUAGAGUACUACUUUCCCCAGUCGCAUUAUUUCUAACUCGUAUCAGUACCCCCCAGUAAACAACACCCUUGUCCUCAAGGGUGAGGAACUUAAUCCGUCCAGGAUCAAAUGGAAUUAGUAGAAGCAGCAUUUCAGACCCUUCACCAUCAGUGACCAUACUUUCACAUUCCCAUGUGCUGAGUGAGGGAGGAGAAUUAAUAGCAAAGCACUGCAUUUCAUGAUUUAUCACUAAAAUAAAUAGUCUGGUGGAGUUAUCCAAGAAAUGAGACUUUAUCUGCCAGACUUGUGACAGAGGAUAACUCUGGCCCCUAGUUCUACAAUUUGUAUUCACCGACUCAAAAUGCAAAUAAAGCAAAAUCUUCUCACCGUGAGUGUGGAGUAGUUGGAAGUGCUCAAUUCACUUGGUUUGGUCAAAAUUUUAAAACUCUAUCUUUACAGAUCUUUCAUCGCUAGGAAUUUGGCCUAUUCACAUAUUCAUAUAAUAGUUUCAUCACUUUUGAUUUUAGAAUGUUGAAAUUUACCUAAAAACAAAGAAGUUGUCUUCACAUAAGAACUAAUCAAAGAAGAGUUACAGAAGAUUGGAAUAGAAAUGGGAGACAAACAACUGCAUGCUUUCAGGACAACCCUUAAAUUAUAUUGAAGUGGUGUGACUUUUGGGUUUCUAUAACGAUUUUUUAUUUAAUUGACCGUUUUAUAUGAUUUUAAUAUUUUGAAUAGGUGUAAUUAUUAGUGGCAAGUUAUGACAAAUAUAAAGCUAUUAAAUGGUGAGUGAGUCAUUAUUAUGAUUGGAGGGAUAAAACCUUUAAUUGUAAUUUUAUUUAAUUAAAUAGAGAAAUGAAGAGGAAAAGGUCCAAAAAUUGAGAAAAAAAAUAAAUGUCAAUGAAGGUCAUAGAGAGGUGUCACAUAGGAUUGUCUAUGCCUAGCUUUAUAUUAUAUAUAGAUAUAGAUUUAAGCGCUUAGCGACAAUUUGUGAAUUUAGCAGCAGUUUAAGUGCAUUUAGCGGCAGUUUAAAUACUUUCGUUUAUUUGUUGGUGCAUUUUAUGGAAUAGUAUCUCUCAGACAUUUUCUUUUUAUCUAUUUUGCAGAAGUUUGAGCUUCAAAAAGUCCAAAUUAGUUUUGAACAUUAGAAAAUAAUCUAAAAUCAGAAUUUUUUUAACUAUACUAUGAAAUAUUUAAAAUCCAUAACCAAUAUUAUAAGCAUUGUUUUUAAAAAGAAUUUUUUUUAAAGAUUUGAUUGACUCAAUUAUUUUUUGAAGGGAUUUUAUCUUUAGGAAGCAUUUUCCCCUUAAAUGGUCCUGAAUUAAUCAGGCUACUAAAAUUCGAAUAUCACAUAGUUAAACCAAACAAAAAAAUUAGUAUAUAGCUUCCAAGUUUUCUUGCUUGUAUCAAGACUGAAUCAAACGCAAAAUAUAAUAUUUGUUCAUUCUUGGUGAUGAAGAGUAUGUACGGUGAAUACGGUCACAUGAUGCGAAUUAUAAGUCGUCCUCAGAGCAUCAAAUAUAUUUAAUAUAUUAAGAAUUUUAUUUAUUCAAAUAAAUUUUCAAUGUGCCAAAUAAAACUAAACAAGAACAACAUCUGGGACGUCUAUAAAAGUAAUACCUGCAGCAUAUCUCCAAUGUGCUGGAUUAUUUUAAUCAUUAAAUCAUCAACUCACUUUAGGCUUUAUAUAAACUCCCUUGACGACACACCUUUCAGAAUCCAAAUCUUUUCAAUGGGUAGUCAAAUGAAGAAGCAAUUGUCUCAACUUGCUUGUGCUUUGGCAUUUUUCUUGAUUGCAACUUGCACUAAGGCAUAUACACCUCAUUCUUAUGAAUCACAAACUUCAACAUACAAUGAAGUACCAAUCACAGUAGCUAAAAGUGACUAUUACAAGAAAUCAUCACCUCCACUAGAUACCUACAAAAAGGUGCCAACUGCUUCAAAGGUACCCUCGAUACCUAAAGAGGAAUUCAAGGCGCCAUAUUUGCCAAAGAAUGACUAUUACAAGAAGCCAGUAAUUCCAGAAGCUAACUACGAGAAGAUGCUAGCUGUUCCAAAGGUACCCUCAGUGUCUAAAUCGGAAUACAAGAUUUCAUCUUUAUCAAAGAAUGACUACUAUAAGAAGCCAUCAAUUCCAGAAAAGAAGGUUCCUUCCUUCCCACCGGAACCUUCAAUGCCUACACCAGAAUACAAGGCUCCACCGGAACCUUCAACGCGUAAAUCAGACUACAAAGCUCCAUUUUUACCGAAGAAUGACUAUUACAAGAAGCCAUUAAUUCCAGAAGCUAACUACAAGAAGAUGCUAGCUGUUCCAAAGGUACCCUCAAUGUCUAAAUCGAAAUACAAGAUUUCAUCUUUAUCAAAGAAUGACUACUAUAAGAAGCCAUCAAUUCCAGAAAAGAAGGUUCCAUCCUUCCCACCGGAACCUUCAAUGCCUACACCAGAAUACAAGGCUCCACCGGAACCUUCAACGCGUAAAUCAGAAUACAAAGCUCCAUCUUUGCCAAAGAAUGAAUACUACAAGAAACCAUCAGUUUCAGAAGAUAACUACAAGAAGAUGCCAUCUGUUCCAAAGAUACACUCAGUGCCUAAACCGGAAUACAAAGCUUCAUCUUUGCCAAAAAAUGAAUAUUGCAAAAAGCCACCAACUUCAAAAGAUAACUACAAGAGAGUUCCAUCCGUUCCACCGGUGAAGGGUUAAUGGAUUCUGGAACUGCGCCGCCAUGGUUGAUUUCUCGAAAGAGAAAAAUUGAUAAUGGAAAUAUGGGCGUGUUGGGUUGUGUUUUUUUUUUCAGAGAGAGAAAUGGAGAAAAAGGGGUAAGUAUAUUGUAAGACUGGGAUUUGAAGAGACUAGAGAUAAGAGUUCGGAUUUUUCUGUAGCGUAUGUUCAUGGCCUCCCAUUAUCUCAAGAUGUCAGUGGAACAGCAUUAACCAAAAAAUGGGAAAAUCUCGA